AUGCCACCCACUCCUUGCGCUCUGUGCAAGACGAACCGAGCACUUAUUCUUCGUCCCAAAGACCAUUCGAAACUAUGCAAGGCGUGCUUCAUAUCCGUCUUCGAAACAGAGAUCCACCAUACAAUCACGACGAACAACCUCUUCCACCGCGGGGAGAAGAUUGCAAUCGGCGCAUCGGGCGGCAAGGACAGCACCGUACUUGCUGCAGUCCUCAAGACUCUGAAUGAGCGAUACGAUUACGGCGUCGAGCUGAUAUUGUUGUCGAUUGACGAGGGAAUCAAGGGCUACCGUGAUGACUCCCUCGAAACCGUCAAGCGCAAUGCACAACAGUAUGAAAUGCCGCUGACAAUCUUGGGAUAUUCCGAGUUGUAUGGCUGGACUAUGGAUCAAGUCGUGGAGCAAGUGGGAAAGAAGGGGAAUUGCACCUACUGCGGCGUGUUCAGGCGGCAAGCGCUGGAUCGCGGUGCAGCCAGACUGGGUGUUAAGCAUGUGGUUACAGGACACAACGCCGACGACGUCGCAGAGACUGUGCUCAUGAAUUUGCUCCGUGGCGAUCUUCCUCGACUUUCGCGGACGACAUCCAUCAUCACGUCUACACCCUCCGCAGUAUCCACAGAUCCGAAUUCACACACCAACGUCAAGCGCAGCAAACCUCUCAAGUACGCCUACGAGAAAGAAAUCGUCCUGUACGCCCACCACAGAAACCUAGACUACUUCAGCACCGAGUGCAUCUACUCCCCAGAGGCCUUCCGAGGCAGCGCGCGUGCCCUCAUCAAAAACCUCGAACGAGUGCGACCGAGUGCAAUCCUCGACGUGGUUCGAAGCGGCGAGGACAUGGCUAAACUCGUACCAGGUAGCGACGAAGGCUGCGGAGGAGUUUGCUCGAGUUCUGUCCCCGCUGCAGAGGAAGAGGAGGGCGGCUGUGGCAGUUCGAAUGGAAGGACUGCCGGUGGCGAGAUGGCAAACAUGGAGCAGCACUUGUCACAAAAUGAGGCCGCAGCGGAGAAUGGACUAGAAGUCGAGAUCACAUCUACAGGAAAAUCUCGCGCAACCCAAACUCAGCAACGAGGCAACACAGCUAAAGAAUCGCUCCAGAACGGCAGCAGCAAGAAGAGUAAAAAAGGAAAGGGCGAGCCUCCGGCGCCCCGAAAAGUCACAAAACAAGUCAUGGGACAAUGCAAGCGCUGCGGAUACCUUUCCAGCCAGGAAAUCUGCAAAGCAUGCGUCCUCCUGGAAGGACUCAACAAGAACCGCCCGAAGAACUCGAUCGAGGUGGGCUACGAUGAAUCCCAGGAAACCGAAGUCAACGGUGUCACGAACGGCCUCCAGAAGACCCACAUCGCAGCGGAGUGA